UGAAACUCAAAGAGAAAUGAAGAAAGUGGUAUUGAAUCUAGACUUACAUGACAACAAAGCAAAGCAAAAGGCGAUGAAGGCAGUCUCUACCGUUUCAGGAAUUGAUUCCAUCGUCAUGGAUAUGAAGGAGAGGAAAAUGUCAGUGAUCGGAGUAAUGGAUCCUGUAGAUGUCGCAGGGAAAUUGCGCAAGUUUUGGCGCGCGGAUAUAGACUUUGUUGGACCACCGCCGGAGCCUCCGAAGAAAGAAGAUGAGAAGAAGAAGGAAGAAGAAGCCAAGAAGAAGGAAGAAGAAGCCAAGAAAGCAGAAGAAGCCAAGAAGAAGGAAGAAGAAGCCAAGAAAGCAGAAGAAGCCAAGAAAGCUGAAGAAGCCAAGAAAGCAGAAGAAGAGAAGAAGAAGAAGGAAGCCGCCGAUCUCAUCGCCCAGUUCGUUAAGGCAAUAGAGCAGAGUGGUGGUAGUCAUACUCAUGAUCCCUAUAGGAUGGCAGCAAAAUACUAUGUCGAGAAUGUCGGAGAAGAGAACCCCAACGCUUGUUGUGUUAUCUCUUAA